UCCGGUACCGCCUUGAAGGCGGGGCUGGAUCCCAGCCGUGGCCAAUGGUGUCCCGGGUGAGAGUUGAGGGGUGGAAGGUGCCUGCCAGCCGGUGGUGCAGGUUUCUAUCCAGCGCGUGUGCAGGGCUACCUGGUCGUCAUGGAGGCAGUCGUGGCAGAGGAGCUUGGUGAGGAGGAGCAGUUGGUGAGGAGGCAUCGCAAAGAGAAGAAGGAGUUGCAAGCCAAAAUUCAGGGUAUGAAGAAUGCUGUUCCCAAGAAUGACAAAAAGAGGAGGAAGCAACUCAUUGAAGAUGUUACCAAGUUGGAAGCAGAAAUGGAACAGAAACAUAGAGAGGAACUGGAGCAAUUGAAGCUGACGUCGAAUGAGAGUGAAAUAGAUUCUGUUGCUGUUAACAUUUCAAACUUGGGUAUUGAGAAUCAGCCGCCUCGGAUAUCAAAAGCACAAAAGAGACGGGACAAAAAAGCUGCAUUGGAAAAGGAACGGGAAGAAAGGAUAGCUGAAGCUGAAAUUGAGAACUUAUCUGGAGCUAGACAUGUAGAAAGUGAAAAACUUGCUCACAUAUUGGCAGCUAGACAGUUGGAAAUUAAACAGAUCCCAUCUGAUGGCCACUGUAUGUACAGAGCCCUUGAAGAUCAACUGAAAGAACAGGAAUGCCCUCUGACUGUGGCUGCCUUAAGAAGUCAAACUGCUAAAUAUAUGGAAAGCCAUGUGGAAGACUUUCUGCCAUUUUUAACAAACCCUAAUACAGGAGACAUGUGUACUCCAGAAGAGUUUGGAAAGUACUGUGAUGAUAUUGUAAACACAGCUGCAUGGGGAGGUCAGCUUGAGCUAAGAGCCUUGUCUCACAUUUUACAAACGCCAAUUGAGAUAAUACAGGCAGAUUCACCUCCUAUUGUAGUUGGUGAAGAAUAUCCAAAAAAACCACUAUUACUUAUAUAUAUGAGACAUGCAUACGGCUUAGGAGAACAUUACAAUUCUGUUACACGGUUGGUGAACACAGCUACUGAAAAUUGUAGCUAGUUUACAAAAUGUUGCACAAUUAUGUUUUAGUACAGUGUGCUGAUCUGAGUAUUCAUAUUAAGUGCUGGAUUGUUCUAAACAUUACUGAAAAACACAACUAUCUUAAAUCAGUUUUAUGACAAAGCUAUUAACAGUUUUUAAAAAAUGUGUCAGAGAAACUAACCAGCCUUAGUGGUAUUUUAAAAACACUUUUAAGUCCUUUGUGGAGAACAUCAUUUAUAUACUGAGAUGGUACCCUAUUUGCUGAUAUUUUAAUUAAUAUAGGAACUUAACGUCUGUUCUUCAUUGAAAUAAAUUUUGAAUGUAUUUUUUUCCACAUUACUAAAAGCUUUCAGUAACCAAUUCAAUGUAGUUUUUCUUGAAGAAAUAAAAUGACCCAGUCUCUUUGUCAUUCUAAUAAUGUGAUGGUGAUAGCAAAUUUAAUUAAUGUUUGGAAAUGAAUUUGAUUGCAGUGACUUCGGUAUUGUUGGGGUCAUGAUGUGAAGCUUUUUUUAAUGCUAUCAAAGUGCAGCUAGGAAGCUUGCUUUAAUAAUUAAUGAUUUAAAAUAUUCACAAGGGAAUCACUUGUUAAGUUUUAAGAAAUGAGAUAAAUUCAAAGGUAAAUAAGUGUUCUCUAUCAGAUUUAAAUCUCUAAAGAAUUAAAGAUUAACCUUUUAUUUGUGUGUAAUUUAAAAAGUCUAACAGAUUGUCUUUCUAAUUUUCAUUACUCCUUGCUGUUUCUUAAAAUUCAAAAUGAGAUUAAUACCAUUGUUUAUAACUUUAUAACUACAAAUUUGUAUAUUCUUGUGUUUUCUCCGUCACUGCUCAGUUGCUUUGCUCUCCUUUAGCCUGUUUCAGAGAAAAACAAUUUGUGGCUUCUUUUGUUAUAUAACUUUUAAAAAUUGAAGGAGUAGCAAUGAAAAAAGGUCCAAGACCAAAUUUACUUUCAAUUCUUUUUUUCCAAUUUGUCUUAAAAGACCUCUCUCUUUGCUUCACUCUCUAGGAUUAGAAGAAAGCCUUUUUUUUGCUUGUUAUUUUGUUAAUCUUAUUAAUACUAACUUCCUUUAAACCAAAUAUUUGAGAAUCUUUUUGUUACAUGUAUGGAUAAAAUUGAAAGCCACUGUUUGGGAGCCAAGGCUGUUUAGCAAAAUCAGUAUGUGGUACUUUUCUGUGAAUAAUUUAUCUAGCUCAGAUUUCAGGUUAGUCCUAACAGUAUUCUCUCUAAGAAGAUAGUACCCAUAUGUAUCUAAUGAUUUGUUAUGUAAGGAAGUACUGUUACGAAAAUGAGACCUUUUUGGUUUGAUCUGUUUUUCCUACAUUAGAAAUAAGUAUGAUUAAGCAUCAAGCUUUAAUAUUUGAACUUUUGCUCCAUGAAUGAAACUCAUUUUUGUAAGUAUAUAUUGGGUUUUAUAAUAUUGAAAAUAGGGUGUCAGCCGCACAUGCUGAGCUGGUGACAAUGUGAGACGGUAGUAGGGACUGUGGUCAAUGAGAACAAGUGAGUACUGCAUGAAGGCAUUCCAGUUCAAGAGAUUAAAAACCAUUCUGUCUGCCAAAUGAAUAUAUUCUGAAGACUGCCUAUUUUGUAAUCUUUGUUUUGAAUUUUUGGGGGGUCGAAUUUAUAAAAGAAUGAAGUUACAAAAUACUAAACAACUUAGUUUUAUUUUGAUAUAAUAUGUUACUUUAAAAGAUAAACAUUAAGAAGUAAUAAAACAAGAUAUCAUUAAAGCUAGUUAUAAAUUCCAUCUAAAGUAUUCUAAAAUAACUUAUUGACUGCUGUUUUUUUUUCUAACAAGAUGAGUAGAAUUUUCAUGAUUACAGAUUUAUUUAUUUAUUUUAAAUAGCCAGUUUGGUUAUGAACAAGAUUUGUUGGUCAGCUUCUGUUUUUUCAUAAAACUUAAAAGGUGAAAAUUAUUUUAGCUGUAACCUAAAUUUGAAGCCUUUAAAUUUCCAUGUUUUUGGAACAUGAAAGAAGCAGAUAUUAAUUUAAAAGCAGCGUAUAUCAUUUAGUUUGCUUUAUGAUAAUGGUCUAAUGGAAGUUUCAUAAGCUUUCUUUUGUCCUAACUCAGAAAAGUUUAUGUCAGAAUUUUGGAAUGUGUCUUUAGCCAAGAAUUUUGUCCACUUAAAUAUGUUUACAACUUGUGUAAAGCAAAAAAGAAUGUGUAUAACUAUAGUGAAAAAUACAGUUUUGCUCAUAUUAUCUGAUGUUUGCCAAAAGAAGAAUAAAAGAUAUAUGAAUUAAAUCA